UUACAGUUUCUGGGAACCUGAAAAGUUUCGCACAGCUGCUCUUGGUAAUCAGACGGUUUCGAUGACAAAUAGUUGCCGAGAAUGGCUUGGGUGGAGACUUUUUGCGGAUGCAUUUCCACCAGGAAGGGGACUGUCGUCGUCGCAACCCUUUGCCUCGUCUUCGCAAUCCCCGCCACGAUUGCCCUCAGUUUGGAAGUCGACAGGAUCGUGGCUUUGAGCAAAAUGAGCCACGAGCUGAGGGGUCCUCCGUACACCUCGCGGACCGACAUUGCCAUCACCAUCGCAAAACUAGUACUCACGAUCUGGCACGCUCUCAAUUCCUUCGUUCUCCUUCUUGCGGUCAAAAAGAACAUGAAGAUCCUGCAUUUGCCUUGGCUGAUAUCACACCUUCUGAUGACGACGACACUGCUGGUCGACAUGGGAUUAUUCAUCAAGGGAAAAUCUUGCCCCUCCCGAAACGACUUCUACUUCAACAGCUGCCGUUUGGACGCGCUUGCGAUGGCCAUCGCCUUCUCGCCGCCGUUGGUCUGUCAAUUGUUGGACGAAUUGGGAUGGGAACAUCUGAGACCAAACCGACUCGGAGAACUCGGACCUGUCCGGAACGAAAUCUCCUCAAACGGAGGAGACAGUUUCGAUCCGGUUGGAGGAGCCAUCGCUUUUGCCAGA